CCGGGCUGCUGGGCGGUGUAGGGCGGCGAGCCGCAUUUGCAGGACCCGAGAUGCCGUGCUGCUCUCCGUGAGCUGGUCGUCGAGUGUGCCUCCUGCAGCCUUGUGAACCUCCGGCUGUGUGCAGGCUCCGCGGUGCUCCUUGCCAAGAUGAAGUGCGUCUUAGUGGCCACAGAAGGUGCAGAGGUCCUCUUCUACUGGGCAGACGAGGAGUUUGCCGAGAGUCUGCGGCUGAAGUUCGGGUUUGAGGGAGAAGAGCUUCCUCCCAUGGAGGACCAGCUCAGCACCCUCCUGGCCCCAGUCAUCAUCUCCUCCAUGACCAUGCUGGAGAAGCUCUCAGAUACAUACACGUGCUUCUCAACAGAAAAUGGCAACUAUCUGUACGUCCUUCACCUGUUUGGAGAAUGCCUGUUCAUUGCCAUCAAUGGAGACCACAUGGAGGGCGAGGGUGACCUGCGGCAGAAGCUGUGCGUGCUCAAGUACCUGUUCGAGGUGCACUUCGGGCUGGUCACCAUGGAUGGCCAGCUCAUCCGAAAGGAGCUGCGGCCCCCGGACCUUGAGCAGCGCAUCCAGGUGUGGGAGCACUUCCAGAGCCUGCUGUGGACGUACGGCCGCCUGCGGGAGCAGGAGCAGUGCUUCGCUGUGGAGGCUGUGGAGCGGUUGAUUCACCCUCAGCUCUGUGAGCUGUGCAUAGAGGCCCUGGAGCGGCACGUCAUCCAGGCUGUGAACUCCAGCCCCGAGAGGGCCGGCGAGGAGGCCCUGCACGCCUUCCUGCUUGUACACUCCAAGCUGCUGGCCUUCUACUCCAGCCACAGUGCCAGUUCCCUGCGCCCAGCUGACCUCCUCGCCCUCAUCCUCCUGGUCCAGGAUCGCUACCCCAGCGAGAGCACAGUGGAGGAUGACGACCCUCAGCCUUCCCCGCGGAAGCCAUGGAGCAGCCAGAGCAUCCCCGUGCAGCAGGCCUGGGGCCCUGCUUCCACAGCUCGGGCCAGGAGGAGUUCUGCAGCAACCGAGACGGACAGCUUCUCCCUCCCUGAGGAGUACUUCACACCAGCUCCUUCCCCCGGGGAGCACAGCUCAGGUAGCACCAUCUGGCUGGAUGGGGGCACCCCACCCACGGAUGCUCCCCAGGUCCAGAUAGCUGAAGACACCCUCCAGACACUGGUGCCUCCCUCCCCAGUCGCUUCCGGCCCCAGAAGGGUUUUCCUAGAUGCCAAUGUGAAGGAGAGCCACUGCCCCAUGGUGCCCCACACCGCCUACUGCCUGCCCCUGUGGCCGGGCAUCAACAUGGUGCUCCUGACCAAGGGCCCCAGCACCCCCCUGGCCCUCGUCCUGUACCAGCUGCUGGAUGGGUUUUCCCUACUGGAGAAGAAGCUGAAGGAGGGGCAGGAGGCCGGGAGCACCCUGCGGUCCCUCCCCUUCAUGGGCGACCUGCGGCAGAGGAUGGAUAAGUUUGUCAAGAAUCGCGGGGGGCAAGAGAUUCAGAGCACCUGGCUGGAGUUCAAGAGCAAGGCUUUCUCCAGGAGUGAACCUGGAUCGUCCUGGGAGCUGCUCCAGGCGUGUGGGAAGGUGAAGCGGCAGCUUUGUGCCAUCUACCGUCUCAGCUUCCUGACCACAGCUCCAGGCCGGGGGGGCCCCCAUCUGCCCCAGCAGCUGCAGGGCCAGGUGCAGGCCAUCAUGCAAGAGAAGCUGAUGGACUGGAAGGACUUCUUGUUGGUGAAGAGUAGGAGGAACGUCACCAUGGUGUCCUACCUAGAAGACUUCCCGGGCUUGGUGCAUUUCAUCUAUGUGGACCGCACGACCGGCCAGAUGGUGGCCCCUUCCCUCAGCAGCAGUAAAAGGAUUUCGUCGGAGCUGGGCAGGGGGCCACUGGCCACCUUCAUCAGAACCAAGAGCCGGGAGCCUGAGCCUUGGGCCCCCUGUGGGGAGAGGGCCGACGCCGCGGGCCCUGGGGAGGCCGUCGGGGCCGCCACGAGCACGCUCUCCGCCUGUCCCCAGGUCUGGUGUCUGAUCCGGCUGGCGCGCAGAUACUUGCAGAAGGGCUACAGCACGCUGCUGUUCCGGGAGGGCGACUUCUGCUUCUCCUACUUCCUGUGGUUCGAGAACGAGAUGGGGUACAAACUCCAGAUAAUAGAGGUGCCCAUCCUCUCGGAUGACUCGGCCUCCGUCGGCGUGCUGGGAGGAGACUACUACAGGAAGCUCCUGCGCUGCUACAGCAAGGGCCACCCCGCCGAGGCCGUCAAGUGCCACGAGCUGCUGGCCCUCCACCUGUCGGUCAUCCCCACAGACGUGCUGGUGCAGCAGGCCGGCGAGCUGGCCCGGCGCCUGUGGGAGACCUCCCACCUCCCCUUGCUCUAGGCCAGGGCGCCGCAGUCUGGCUGUGCACCCCGGCCCCCUGCAGAGCAGCCGCUAAGGGUAGGACAGCCCCCCGGCUCUCUUAAAGAAACCACCUAGACUAGGCUCCCCUUCAGGUUCCAAACCCCCAAAUCCUUCUCUUUGGGGGAGGAGGGAGGCCAGGGGGUCCCUUGGUCUCCUUAAAAGAAUAGUGGCUGUGAGGUUAGAACUGGGGCACCUGCUUUCAGAGCUGCCUCUGCCUUGAUCCCCAGGAGACAGGACGUCCCCAGGGUCUGCGGGUGUCUGAAGAUACCUCCUUUAUGCUUUCCUUGGAGUGGAGAAAGAGGUUCCUCGGGAAGCCGUUUCCCUCCCCAAAUGCAAGGUGCUGCCUUGGCUGGGUGGGCCACUUCCUCUCUGCAGCUCUGGGCGGGUUUCCGACACUCUACACCCGUUUCCCCCGCGUUCGGAGGGAUAGCACCUACCUCUCAGGGUGGUUGUGAGGGCUGCCCAGCACGCGGCAGGUGCUCAAUAAAUGUUGGUUGUGGUCACUGUUGUUCAAGCCAAACGUGCCUGGGCUCCUGGGCUCUUCCUGGUGCGUAGAAG